AUGUAUUUUGUUGUCUUCUUAGGAUUGUGUCUCAUCAUCUUCAACUCUCCAAUCUCCCUUGGAGAAGACACCCUCUCUGCAACUCAAAAUCUGAGUCUCACAACCACCCUUGUCUCUUCUAAUGGAAGAUUCCAGAUGGGAUUCUUCACUCCCGACAAAUCCGCUAACUACUACGCAGGCAUUUGGUACGCUCAGAUUGAACCCCAAACCGUGAUUUGGGUGGCAAACAGGGAUACUCCUAUCCCAUCCGUGGAUAUGGACUCAACCUCCUUGAAAGUCCUGGACGGAAACCUGGUAUUAGUAAACAACGCCGCCGGGGAAUUCCUCUGGUCCACGAAUUCCACCCGCUCCAACAAUUCCGUCCGGGCCACUCUUCUGGACACCGGGAAUUUGGUCCUGUCCCAUGGCCCCUAUUCCAAUUCCACUCCACCCGUUUGGCAGAGCUUUGAUCACCCAUCCAACACGUUUAUGCCAAACGCCAAACUCGGAUACAAUAAGCACACGGGCGAAAAGCAAUCCCUCCGGUCUUGGAAGAGUGGUAUUGAUCCAUCCCCGGGGCUAUUCUCCCUGGAAAUGAACGAGGAGAUUGGGGAAUAUGUUUUGAAGUGGAACGGGACAGAGCAAUACUGGAGUAGUGGAUCCUGGAAUGGGACGCUAUUCAAUUCCAUUCCAGGCCUGAGGUCCAACACCAUAUAUAAUUUCACCUACGUCAACAACGAAAACGAGACUUACUACGCCUAUUACUUCUACAACUCUGCAGUCAUAUCAAGAUUCAUAAUCGAUAUCUCCGGCCAAAUCAGGCAUUACACCUGGCUGGAUAGCAGCAAAACGUGGAACAUCUUUUUCCGGCAACCGGAAAAGCAGUGCGAUGUUUAUGCUUAUUGCGGGCCGUUUGGUAUGUGCGUUGAGAACUCAUCUUCGUUCUGUGAUUGCUUGCCCGGAUUCCGGCAUAAAUCAGACGAAGAUUGGGGGUUGAAGGAUUUCUCCGGUGGGUGCGUGAGGAAAGCGGAGUUGCAGUGCGGUAAUGGGAGCAUUGCUGCUGACUCGCAGGACAGAAUGCGAAUCCGCAUGUCUAGGGAAUUGCUCCUGUAA